AUGCCUCCACGUUCUGCCGCGGUCAUUGACGACUCGUCUACUGCUCUUACAAUCAUACUCAAGCACGGCAUUACCAGCGUCUUCCUCUUUGCGUCUCCGUCAUGGACCUUUGAGAAGCUCUCCGCAAAUCUUCUUGAGGUCUUGCGUGACCGCUACCCAGAGGGCGUGCCCAAAUCUACCGAGAAAGAAUCCACCAUUACGCCCAUUCCAACUGAAGACGCCGACGUCAGAGUCGUGUUUGGCACGCCCAGAGAUGCCGACGACUACACCAGGGGGUUCAAGAAGUUUGACGUGAGCCCGGAGGAUACUUUGGGCAAGAAGGGGUUGAAGAAGGUUAGCACUCUUGCGUUUGCGCUGCUGGAACCAGACCAGGAUGAGGACGAGCCAGUCAAGUUUGAGGUCGCCUUCCCAAUCAACGAUGUCGAGGCCUAA